AAGGUGACGUGGCGAAAAUCAGAAAUUUUGCGAUAUCUCUCAGUCUCUCGUCUUCUUCGUCUGAGCUAUCAAACUCCAGUCAAUGGCGAUGAUGACGACGACGACAACAUUCUUCCAUCCACUACUUCCUGCUAACACGUGCAAAUCCGGAGCUGUAUCUUCUUCCUUUGUCUCAGUUCCUCGUUCUUCGUCUCUUCAAUUCCGCUCACUUGUUUCGGAUUCUACGUCGAUUUGUGGUCGACGUAAGUUCACCGGGAAAAACAGAAGAGUAUCGAUUACCGUUUCCGCCGCCGCAACAAAUGAACCUCUCACCGUUCUCGUUACCGGCGCCGGUGGAAGAACAGGACAAAUUGUGUAUAAGAAAUUGAAGGAGAGGUCAGAUCGGUUUGUUGCGAGAGGUUUAGUGAGGACAAAGGAGAGUAAGGAGAAGAUCAAUGGAGAGGAUGAAGUAUUCAUUGGAGAUAUCAGAGAUCCUGCAGCCAUUGCUCCUGCUGUUGAAGGGAUUGAUGCUUUGGUCAUUCUUACGAGCGCUGUUCCGCAGAUGAAGCCCGGUUUUGAUCCUAGUAAAGGAGGAAGACCUGAGUUCUUCUUUGAAGAUGGAGCUUAUCCAGAACAGGUUGAUUGGAUUGGUCAGAAGAAUCAGAUAGACGCUGCUAAGGCAGCAGGAGUUAAGCAGAUUGUGUUGGUUGGGUCGAUGGGAGGAACAAACAUUAAUCACCCUCUCAAUAGUAUUGGCAAUGCCAACAUUCUGGUUUGGAAGAGAAAGGCUGAGCAGUACUUGGCUGAU